CUCCUCUCACUCAUCUUGGCUUUAUCAUGAGACCGCGCUAUGUUCUUAUGACCAUUAGUUUCCUCUGCUUUUGCGGUCACGACUCUUUCAGUCAAAUUUCUCCCGCGUACUGUCCUUACUCGGCUGAAGGCCGGCGAAUACGGCAAACUCCCAAGGCUGCCCUCCAUCUAGGCAGGGCGCUUCGCAAAUGUCAACUAAGUUUAUGUUUUGUUGAAGAAAUGCCAGCAGCCCGCAACAUUUUGUCUCAUGUAGUUGGACUGCACUUGACCACAUGCAGAAGUAUCUGCAAUGUGCGCCCAAAGUGUAGUGUGAGCACAUCUGGAGUGCAGCAUCUGCGUAAACUUUCAACAGCUCACUUGCUUGCCAACCGGCCACCAGAGGAAAUAGCCAUUCCCGUGCCUUACGGCCAGCUGGCUGCCAAGGUUUGGCCUGCCAAGAGAAAGCACAAUCCCAAGAAACACCUUCUCUGCCUGCACGGUGGUCAAGACAAUGCUGGGAGCUUCGAUCCAUUGCUUGAAAAGCUGGACGGUGGGUGGCAGGCUGUGGCAUUAGACUUUACUGGCCAUGGUCUCUCGUCGCAUCUGCCGAAGGGAUGCGUCUACACCAUGACACACCUAAUGUUAGAUGUUGCUCGUACUGUUCAGUUUCUUGGCUGGGACCAGUUCAACUUGCUGGGCCACAGUAUAGGAGGCCUCGUGGGACACAGAUAUGCCAGCAUAUUUCCUCAGAAGGUGUCAAAACUAAUACUUGUGGAGGGCUUUGGAGAAAUUUAUGAAGCUAGAAGCCAACUCCUGGGCACUGUAAGAACUACAUUUCAGUCUUUUCUGCGUCUUGAAGAGAAGGACUUCAGUCAACAACCAAGUUAUACGGAAGAAGAGAUCAUGGCUCUUUAUGCCAAGAUGCCUUGGGGAUGCAUUCGUGCUGAUGAUGUGAAGGUAUUGAUGAAACGAGGCUGCCAGCUCCAGGCAGAUGGUCGUUACACCUUUACUAGAGAUAUUCGGCUAAAGGCACUUUACUGGGACAAGGUCGACAAAGCUGCCCUCGAACCAUGGUGGAAGUCAUUUAAAAAUGACAUUCUUGUUUUGGACGCUGUGCCUGGUUUUGGCAGCUGUUCAGUCCAGAAUGGCAGAAUGAUAAAUGCUUUGAAAAAACACUGCCGCACUUUUCAAAUGGCAAUGCUUGAUGGCGAUCACCACAUUCACAUGAAUCAGCCAGAGCUGGUGGCCAGCUACAUAAGGCCCUUUUUAGAUGAUUUGCAGGGCACUAGAAAUCAGAUGUGGUUUGUGUGACAAACUGAAAAGCAUCUAUAUUUUUUUUUUCUUAGCAGCUUUAUCAAAGUCCUUGUACUUUGUAAGCUGGCAUAGGUGCCAUGGAAAAGAUAAGGUCAGAUGAAUUUAUUUAUGGUGGUAAAAAAGGAGCAAGAUUCAGGUGCGACACUGGCUCAGAUAAAUAGAUGGCGCACUCUUAGGAUGGACAUCUCGCAUGGAUUAAGGAUAGUGAAUCCAGAGUAGAGAAAUCAGAUUUUUUACUUUCUUACAUCAUGCCUUUUGAUACCUUUGAUAAUUCAUACACAAGUGCCUGGGCACUGUUUCAAUACAAUGUCCUCUUUACGAAAAUACAGCUAGUAAAGGGAUAUACAUGUAGUAAGGAGGCUACAGUGGCUUACUGACAUAAAACCAUACACGCUUAUUUAUUAGUGAGUAGCAAUUCAUAGCAUCCAUUUUGUUAAGUAUUCUUUUGUGUCCAAGUCCUCUCCUAUCCUCAUCUUCCAAGUGCUCAUAUGUCUUAUUUUUUAAUGUGAAAAAUCUGGUCAUUCUAGCCUUGGCAGGAAAGCUUUACAUUGUUGUUGGCAGCUGUAAUCAACAUUCUUCACCUCAUCGUUUCACAUAGUCUUUCGCACAUCGACAUCUAGCGUCAUUGUAAUUAAAACGUCACUGCCAAACAUACGAAGGUAGACCUGUCUAGCAAUUACAUUUUUUUUACUCUGUGGAGGCUUACGAUUGCAUGGCUACUACUAAAGGAACACUUUGGAGCGGUACCAAAUUAUUUUGAAUUAGCAGAGUAGUCUUUAAAAAAUCCUGCUUGCUUCAUUUUUGUUUUUUUGGCAGAGAGCUAAUCUAUAUAAGAUAGAGUGAGAAGGCCAAGCUUUCUUCUCAAGAUAUUGCACCGUGGCUAAUGUGCUAAUGAUGUCAAUGUGAAGUGGCUGGUGUCACUGUAUCUUCGAAUAGCUGUAUGUUGGAAGAGUUCCUGAAAGUUGUCAUGUUGAGUCGCUGCUCACUUUUGAAUGGAAUCAUUCUUUAUGAUGGACCCUAUCCAACCCUUAGUAGAUUUCAUAGAACUAUAUGAUAUCUCAGGGAGCUGGUGCGAGAAUUUCGAGCUGGCAUCGCCACCUGUCAUUCAUAUUUUAAUUUUUUCUGACUUUCCAGCCCGCUCAUGUUAAGACCGAUCUAUCUGGUAUUCCAGAACUCAAAUCUCGCAAACGAGCUUAACCUGUUCAUUCUAUUCACCAUGCUUGUGUAUUUACACAACGGAAUGAACUCGUACUUUUUUAAUGCUAAUGACAGCUGUAUAUGUUUAGAGAUAUUGAUUGCAAGACUCUUUGCUUGCGCUGUAACUGAAUGGUCACUUACAGGUAACAGAAAGCGACUUUGUUGUUUAUAGCCCUGCUAGACCUAUAUUUCUGGAAGUAGCAAAAGUACGUUGACAUUUGGGAGUGUUUAAAUGUCACAAUUUACUUGUAUUUUCAACACACUGCUAUUCGCAUUUGCUUUAUUUGAGGGACACAUAAAAACAUGUAACAUGCAAAUGUAAUUUGCAAAAGCCUUAAGCAGGACUCUUGUACAAACGUUUGAUUUCAUUGCCUACAAUAGUGCUAGAUCUUUCAUGCUCCGCUCAUAAUGUGUUGUUGAUGUCCAGUUUUGUGCCCAGUCUUCUAGUCCUUCUGCUGUGUGUGAAAGCCAUUUACCAUACUUGUUAAAACAGUGGCAUUGUUUUACCGCACUGAGCCAUUACAUAGUUGUAGAAUAGGUGCACCAAAGUGAGGUACAUAUUCCCCAAUGAGGGUAUGCAGGGCAGCAAGCUCUAGAACUCUUUUUAUUUUAUUUUUUUCAGUCACGUCUUGUGACUCGUGCUUGCAGCAACACUGCAGCUACAGGAAAGAACUACAAAAUUUUAAAUAAAUAUGAACUAAGUAGUAUAAUCUUAAGCAUCUUAUUGUUAUUGUUCAUUCUAAGUAAUAGUAUAAUUAAGUAAGACUACAAUCCUAUUUGCAAUUCUGACUCUGAAUGUGAAAUUGUUUCUAUCUGGUCAACUAGCAAUGCCGAAACCUUCUGGCUUUAAACCAUGGUAGGUUAUUGUUCAGUCUUUGGGAUUUUUGUGAAGUGAGACAAAGUGGCAGCCUACAUCACCAUUCAUUGCUUACAAAGCUAGCGGGUUGCUCAGAAAUCGUUAGAUUUUAAGGCAACAGCCGUCACUUCAAUGGGUGCCACCGUGUUUGUUGGCACAAAGCAGUUUGGACAACCCACUACAUUAAAAAAUUUAUGUGCCCAAUAAGCUCAGUGGGAACCACAAAUUCCAUUUACACCUUGUGCAUGCACAGUAAACAUUACGCUAUGUAUUUCUUUUGUAGCCCCUAUUCUGAAUCUGGAUUAUUCAAAUUACGCAUUGUGUAUUUCAAGCUACCAAGAUAUAACAAGCAAUGUUAACUUCUAAUAAAAAAAAAGUAUUGGAAAGUAGAUUUUUGUCUUUGCUGACACCAAGACUUUAGGUGAUGAAGCCAGCAGGUAACCCUCAUGCAAGUCUGCAUGUGGAUACUUCAUAGGUUCAUCUUCUUGAACAGCGUCAAGUGCAAUAAUGUAAUUAUGAUUCAGCGUUUUCACAUGUACCUUUCAUACUUCUUUCAGUGUUUCUCUGAAGGCAUGUUUUGCUUUCCUAGGCAACCAUAAAUCUUGACUUCAAGCUUAUCAGUCAUUAUGGUGACAUAUCCUUUCUUUAUUUUUCACAUAAGACUGUACUGAGAGUUUAUUUUGGGGACAAGGGUUGAGGUGAAAGCUAUUCGCAUGAAUGUGUACCUCUAAACAUAUACCUCUUUUUAUCAGUGACCUCUGCGGUAUUUUUACUUAGGCAACUGCAACGAAAUUGUGGGCAGCAUAAAAGCAUAAUUUAGAUAGUGUAUACAUAGUUCAGCCUUCAUGAAAAAUGUUAUGUUUUUACAUUUGAAAUACAAGUGAAUGCAUCACAAAAAGCUUGCAGGAGUAGAUGUUCUUGAUACUGUAACUAAAAGAAAAAUAAUGCUGCCAUUACCUCUGCCGGAAGUGACGCAUGACUCGGCAUGUGCUGCUCUUGGCAUGACUUCCAAGAUUGAUUGCAACUUGCAGCUGCCGUGGAGGUGACGACAUGGGACUUGCAUCACAUGCGCUAACCAACAGGUGUGCGCGUUGUCUGCUCAGGUGCUAAUCAAAGGCUGUUAAUAAGAAAUUUAGACAUUUACAAGCCCUGCAGCUUUGCCAAAAUUGCUUCAGUAGUAUAUACUACUCAUUCAUUACCAAUUUAGCCAAAGCUUGAUUUUGUUCCAGUUGACUUUAAGAUCAUGCGCUGUGGCCCCUGCUUCAUUUCUUUACUAGUGUAAAAUUACCGUAGUGGUCUGACAGCUAUGGUGUUGUGUUGUUGUCAGGCAUGUGCAACCAAUGCGUAUACGAGCUGUAAAACUCGAUGAAUGUUCUUAAAAUAUUGUCAUAAGUGGUGCUGAGUGCUGAUACCAUGGCUGUAGAAAGUAGUGCUUAACUGUUUCAUUAAAGAGUAGAAAGUAGGGCGGGUGUUCACGCUGAAGAAGUCAAUCAUAUUGCACAAGUGUUAUCUUGCUUGCAGCCACAUUAUUAUUGUUAAUGUGAUGAAGUGUACAUUUUACACCUUAGGCAUAAAAAUUAUUGAUUGUAUGCCAAACCUGUACUGCUAUCUUCUCUUCACCAUUAAAGAUUGCAGAAUUGCCAACUA